GGAUUUAGUAAAGUCCUCUUGUAGGUCUACAAACUGUGUAAAGAAUAUUGGCCUAUACAGUGUUUGAGCUGUCAGACUUUUUGGAGUCUUGGCUGGUUAAUAUUGACACAAGUCGUAAGAGAUUUUAUUUAUUUUAAGCGGGAUCCGUUGAAUCGUUAACAGCAUGGCCAGAUUUCAAUUAGUGGCAUUUCGUUCUUUUUCUCUCCGUGCACUUGGAUCAAGACAGGCACCUCUUCAGGGUCCUUCAUACUUUGUUCUUCAAGACUUAAUGCACUGUAUCGGAUCUUGAAUCACAAAAAGGGUAUUGUGAAUAAAAACACGGAGCCUUUGGCUGAGAAAUCACAUUUUCCAAUUAGCCAAAACUUGUGCUGUUUACACAGUGCAUUGGCCUACUUACAUCACUUGUCACACAUGGCUUAUUUACAUCGCACAAAAUUCUAAUUGUUUUCUAAAAGUUUUUUUUUUUUUACAGUUUUACUUUUUGUUGGAUGAUCUGAACGCAUUCCGAUGUUAUAAGCCAUUUCACGCAUAGAGGGUUUCAUAUGGAAUCUCAUUGGAUGACAUUAAGAAACACAUGGUCACAAUCUGUUAAUUGUCAUCAAUAAGAAGUAGAAAAUAUGACAAAGAAACUGGGUGCAGCGUUAACAUGUAUCAGGCUACACGGAAACCGGGAAUCCAGAAAGUCUAUGAUUGAUGUACAUGAACGCCUGAAGGACAGAACUAAAGAUUUUCUGCCAUACCACGAAUUGCUGCAGUCAGUCAAUGGGCAUUCUCGUGCCACUAUCUUUUAUGCAAAGUGAGAGAGGCACAGAUGUUACUUCUGCAGGGGAGGUUUUAAUUUAUGAAAAUGAUCUUUUUUAUGCAUGAACACUCACUGCAUAAACCUACAUCUAACCCAAUGGGCUAACAACAAAACUCACGUCAAGGCUGUAGCAUGGAUAUUCUGCAGGUUAAUUUCUAUUGAAGCAGUUUAAGAGCAAUGAUCACCUCGCUAAUACAAAUGAUCAAGAACUUUUAUGAAAGCAGUAGAAGAGCUUGUGCAGAGAAUCAACCAGAACAAGCAAAUUGUCUCUCAGUACAGCAAUUUGUAUUUUUUAAUCGGAAGACUUCUGAGAUUUAACACUGAAGUGUGUGUGUGUGUGGGUGAACUUAUUUUUUUUAGGAUCGAGUGUGACUAAUGCACCAACAAUAAUUGCCUGCCCAGAUGAAUGUAUUAGUGUAUUUUAAUUUUAACUGCAUAAUAACAAGUUAUGUUUAAUCCGAGCUGAAGACAUUAACACCGACACCAGAAGGGUUAUAAGGCAAAGACGUGUUUUGGCGUCCCUGCCUUAUAGGAACUGUCCAAGGUGCUACUAAAACACCUCCCACUUUAACGCCGCCCCCCAGUUGAGAAGUUACUGUUUGAUAAAGUGAUUUAUAUAUUCUCCGCAAGUACAUCUAUGUUAGAACAUUGCUACUCCACAUAGGCCUAGGAAAUUGACAACUAAUUGUUGAAAUGGAGGCUUAGAAACACACCAUUAUGUUGUUGAAAAAAAUCAUAAACUGCACAAUCGGGUAAUAUUAUCAGACUUUUUACAGUUUUACAGACAAGCAAAAUGGAUAGUGGAUAGUCAGAUGCACUUCUGUCAGUGUACGUUUACCAAAAAGGGUGUUCAGAACAGACAGCUAUUGUGAAAAGUAACCGGCGCGUGACCACAAUAAGGUACGCUCCGCGGGGGCGCGCGCCACUGAGGGAGUCCAAGCGUGCCGCAAAGACCACAUAGGCUACGAAAUCCCAGCAAGCGGGAGCGCGCUUACUCUACAAUUACCACACCGAGUCGAACUCCGAAACUUUGCCGUAAAUAGAGAAGUAAUGUUCGAAACUCCACGGAAAUCGAACAACGUGCGAGGAGUCUGGUCAGAGAGCCAGGAAGAGUUACACGAAAUGCAACCGGUGUCUGCCGUAGACACAAGCAGCCGUGCUAAGAAGAAGAAGAAAAAGAAGAAGCCACAACCAGGCGGUAAACGCUCCGUUUCUGCCCCUCAGUUAAGCACCGAGGCGCUCCCUGAAACUGUUAGCUCCGAAAGUCUACAAGGCGAAUGCACUCUAAAUAACAAUGACGAACCGAUAGUUAGGGGGAUAUUUCAAAUAGGGAAACGGAGCUAUGAUGUAGUUCUAACUGUAUCGCGGGUUACAUGGACUCCCAUCCAGCCUGAGACCCCUACAGGGGACGCAUCCUCUCAGAGGAAGGAGGCCUUUGUGGAGCUGAAGGACGUGUUUGCGGUGAAGGUGAAGCGACGGCGGACGGUGGGGCAGCAGAGCGGGGGCACGCUGCUGGGCAUCACCCUCUUCCACUGCAAACGCAAGGGCGCCAAACUCAAGGACCACGAGACCCACCUCAACAACCUGAGCGUGGACCACUGUGAGAUCUGGUUCAAACACCUCAAGGCCUUACUCAGCGGUUUCCAAAACAGGCCCAAGUCACUGAAGGUCUUUGUGAACCCCACCAGUCAUAAGAAG